AGCGCAGACAGGAAUUAACUCUACGCUUCUUCUCCCCAAGGUGCUUCUUGUCUGUCUCAGUAGCAGCAGCCAGCUGGCCCAGUGCUUCUUCUGGCUGUCUCGUACCCACUAUGACUAGCCACCGUUCCCGGGAAUUCAGUAGCAUCAGCAGCAGGUCUCCUGCUUCACAAGGGGCUGCUUGUUGCAGGAGGAGAGAACGGUCGUACUCCCCAUCUGCAAGAUAUGGGGCCUGUAGCAGCCACACUGGUGGUCUCACCAGCAGGCACAGCUUCAGUGCCUCGAACCUCACUGGAUAUGGGAGUUCUGCCUACCCCAAGGUCUCCUACAACAAGCGACUGCUGACUCCCCUGAACCUGGAUUUUGAUCCCUCCAUCCAAGCGAUACGGACCAAAGAGAAAGACGAAAUAAAGACUCUCAAUAACCAGUUUGCUGCCUUAAUUGGAAAGGUCCAGAGUCUGGAACAGCACAACCAGGUCCUGCUUGCGAGGUGGAACUUCUUGAGAGAGCAAGACAACUCCCUUACUGACUUGGAUAUCAAACUUCUCUACGACCAGUACAUGAACAAACUGAAACAACAGAUCCGAUCUAUCGAUGCCGAGAAAGAACAGCUGGACUUGGAACUUGAUGAAGUGCUGGAGGCCAUGGACAAUUUCCGGAGCAAAUACGAGGGUGAAAUAAACAAACGCAGUGCAAUGGAAUUUACCUUCACGACUCUCAAAAAGGAUCUGGACAAUGGAUUCCUGCACAAAACUGAACUGGAAGCAAAACUGAAUGGACUUCAUGCUAUGGCAGAGUUAAUGAAAACUAUCCAUGAGCAGGAACUUGAGGAGGCAAUGUCACAAAUCAAGGACAUCUCCAUUGUCCUGGGGAUUGACAACAACAGAAUCAAUAUCGACCCUCACAGGAUUGUGGAGGAUGUAAGGGCCCAGUAUGAAGCCCUGGCUCGCAAGAGCUGGGAAGAGCUAGAGCAACUCACGAGAAGCAAGCUGUAUGAAGGAGAGUUGCAGUCUGCUAAGUAUGGGGAUCAUCUCCUUAAUGACCGAAGAAUAAUCGCUGAGCUGAAUAUACAAAUCCAGAAAAUGAGAUCUUGCAUCUUAUCACUGAAAAGCCAGUGUCUUCGUCUGGAAGGGAACAUCACAGAAGUUGGAGCACAGGGUGAAGCUGCUCUUAAGGAUGCCAGAGCCAAACUAGCUAACUUGGAGGAAGCCCUUCAGAACCUCAGGCAGGAUUUGGCUCACCUCCUUAAGGAGUAUCAAGAGCUGAUGAAUGUUAAGCUGGCCUUAGACAUAGAGAUUCUUACCUACAGAGAGUUGAUGGAAGGGGAAGAGAUCAGCAUGGAGUCCCCAGCAUUUGCUUUCAUUAGCAGAAUCUACUCUGGUCCAAAGUUCUGUUCAUCAGACUCCGGCAAUAUGGCCACCUCAACUGUGACAUCCCUAGCAAGAGAAGCUUCGACAGACAGAACGAGCCACAGUGGACUUUCUGAAAGUCAGAGUGGUGGUAUGGGAGGACUCUCUGGUGGCGCCUUCUCUGGAAGCCACAGCAAUGCGAGUGGAGGAGCCCCACAAGCUUUAAGAUAUCACAGCAGUACAAGCAGAGGUACUUUGGAGAGUGGUCUCUCUAGAAGUCCUAGCAGCAGAAGUGGAAACUUUGCCGAUGUCGAAAACAGCACAGAAAGCAGCAUAUCUAGAAGCCACGAGAGUGGACCUUUUUCACAGCCUGAUGCUCAUAGGAGCAGGGAUCAUCUAGAAGGUGGGCUGUCUAGGAGUGCCAGCAGAGGCACCUCGGAAGGUAGCCUUUCUAGGAGCCAAAGCAACAGAAGUGGUGGCAUAACUGAUAGUGUAUUUACUAGAACCCCCAGUGGUGCAAGUGAAGGUGUCCCAGAAGGCAGCCUUUCUAGAAGCCACAGUAGUAUGGGCACAUCCUUUGUAGAAGGGGGCCUUUCUGGAAGCCACAGUAGUACGAGUGCAUCCUUUGUAGUAGGGGGCCUUUCUGGAAGCCACAGUAGUACGAGUCCGUCCUUCGUAGAAGGGGGCCUUUCUAGAAGCCACAGUGGUAUGAGCGCAUCCUUCGUAGAAGGGGGCCUUUCCAGAAGUCACAGUGGUAUGAGCGCAUCCUUUGUAGAAGGGGGCCUUUCCAGAAGCCAGAGUGGUGAGAGUGAAGAACGUGCUAGGCCUACGCUUCUGAGAACCAACUCAGCUGAAGAUGGUGGUGUCCCAGUGGGUGGUAUUCUUAGAAGGCCUAGCAGGGAAAGCUCAGAGGCCAGGCUUUCCAGAAGCCAGAGUGACAAAAAUGAAAGCCUCAGCAGCCACGAAAGUGAAGGGUAUGCUGAGCCUGCUGUUUCCAGAACUAAUUCUGCUGAAGAUGGUGGAGUCCCAGUGGGUGGCAUUCCUAGAGGUCAUAGUGAGACAAGCAGGUACAGGUCAGAGGGCAACUUUUCUAGAAGCCAGAGCGAUGGGGUUAGAUCCUGCAGCAGCCGCAGAAGGGAAGGAUGCGUCGAGCCCACCAUUUCUAGAACCAGUAGUGCUGAAGAUGGCGGGGUACCAGUGGGUUGCAUUCCUAGAAGUCAAAGUGAGGUAAGCAGGUACAGCCCUGAGAGUAGCCUCCCUAGAUUACACCGUGGUGAAAAUGAAGCCCGCAGUAACCAUAGAAGGGAAACCUAUGCCGAGCCUACUGUUUACAGAACUGGCAGUGCUGGUGAUGACGGUGGCCUUUCUCGAGGCCAUAGUGGGUCUAGGAGAACCGUCUCAGCAGGCAGCCUAAGAGGUCAAAGCGGAGGCACUGUGGACACUGCCCUUCCUAGAGCUCAUAGUGAAGGUACACAAGACGGCAACCUUUCUAGCCGUGAUAAUAACGCUACUACUGUAGAAGGUGGUGUUUCUAGAAGUCAGAAUGAUGGAGCUAGAAGCAUCUCUGUGGGCAGUGGUUUUAGAACUCCAAGCAUCACAAGUACAGCCUUGACAGACAGUGUCUUUACUGCAACUCCUUGCACUGCAGAUGGAAAUGUUCAUGAGGAAAUGCUUUCGAGAGUUCCCAGUGGGGCAACAGAAAAUGUCCCCGAGGCUGGUCUUUCCACAAGUCAGAGUGGUGAUAGCGAAGGUCCUAUAGAGACAUCCACUCCAAUCUGCUUCAGCAGCCGACAUGACGAUGCCAUGGAAUGCAGCCUUUCUAGAAGCCACAGUGGAGAAGGCAGGAGCUUCGGAACAGCUGACUCUUACAGAAGCCCUAGUGAGGCAAGCAGAGAUGUUUCAGAGGGUAGAUUUUCCAGAAAUUAUAGCUACCUGACUGCGGUUUCACAUCCUCCUGAUGUGUCUAGUACCCAGAGCAGUGAGGCUGAAAGCCCCAGUGGUGGGAUAGAAGCCCCAGUCAGUAGCCCUGGAGAUGCAAGUGAACCCGUUCCACAUAGCGGCCUGGGUGAAAGCUACAGCCAUGAGGAAGGCCUGUCCAGAACCCCAACUGGUGAGUCAGUAAGUCCAGGUUCCACCUACUUGGUUGACGAGGUCCACUCUGAUAAUCUUCACUACUCUCCAGCCGUGGAAUUCAGCUCCAAGGAGUAGGCAUCCCACAAGUGCAGGAGUAAGAUCCAGAUACUUUCUCCUCGAAGUCCCAUGCCAUCUAUUGGACCACAGAUGGGGUUCCACAUUAAGCCUUCCAUUACCGAGGUUAGCAGUUGGAAAAUGGACUCUGCUGUCUUAAGUGGACAUUGUGAAAACAAGAUCAAUAGCAUAAUGCAUACACUGUAGGGAGGGAGAAGCAAUAUACAACAUGCAGCUAUAAUCCAGGCAUCCACCUCAGGGAACCAUGAAUAAGCAGUAUAGUCUUUUGACCAGUAUUAUAAGCAUGCAUUUUCCCCUUCUCCUUCCUUUUUUCCUUCUAUUUAUGUUUAGAUUCUUCAAACUUUUUAAUAAUUCAGUGCUUUUCAGCAAGCAAAUCACACGAUGUGGUACAAGGGGUUUUAUUAGUGAAAUGUAGUUAGCGGGGACAUUUCACUGCUGAUCUUCUGGCUGCUUUUAAGUACCCCAUUUUGAGUUUAUCUGCUGAAUUCUUAGAACAUUUUUCCCUCCCACUUCCACAGAGGUCUCUGGAAAACUUUUACAGAUAGCAGGAAGGUAGCCCUGUUGGUCUGAAGCAACAGAACAAAGU